UGGGAUGGCAGCGCUCACCUCCCCUUCCCCUUCCGGCCUAGUCGACUCCAUUCAUCAGGAGCUGGUCACACAGGUAGCAUGCAUGCCGCUAUCCUUCAACACAUGGUUUACCUUCUUUCCUUCCCCGCCUCCCCCCCCCGCCCUCCUUCCUAACCCCCCCGCCCCGACCCCCAGGACUCCAUGGUCACCUUCAAGGGCCUUGUAAUGGUGAACAACGGCAUGGCGGCGCCCUCGGAGGGGCAGGCGGCGGGGGUGGCGCUGGGGCGGCUGGUGCACCUCAUGUGGGGGGUGCAGCCGCCGAGCCCCAAGAUGAAUGUGGCGCUGGUGAACGUGAGUCUGGAGGUGCCCGCCGCGGAGGUGCGGCUGGCGGCGGCACUGGCGCAGCAGCUGCCCGCACCCGCUAACAGCCUGACGCAGGGGGAGGUGGCGACGCUGAGGGCUCUCAUGCAAGCCAGCCGCGUGGCCCCCCCUCCUGCCGCCACCGCCUCCUCCCCUCCCCCUGCCUUCAACAACAACAGCAGCACCGCCACCACCACCACCAGUAACACCAUCAGCAGCAACAGCACCGCUGCUAGCACCCUGCCGUACACUCCCCUCCCUGGCGGCGGCGCGGCGCUGUCAUUCGCCAGCCUGUACAGCAGCGGGGUGAUCGGUACGACACUGCUGAUGACGUCAGACGUGGUGGCGUCGCUGGGGCCGGGGCUGGGGCGCGGGGCGGCUAGCCCCUUCAACAGCAGCCCCGUCGUAGUCACCUACCUGGGAGGCCCAGGUGCUACACCCGACGGCCUGGCGGCGCCGCCACCCGCCUCCGCCGGCGGCGGCGGCAAGCGGCACCUGACGCGGGGUGCCGUCGCCGCAAUCGCCGUCACCGUCCCCCUCGCCGUAUUGGCGCUGCUCGCAUUCGCCGCCGCUGCCGUCAUGAGCACCCGCAGCGGCAGCAGCAGCAGCAACCGCGGCGGCGGCGGAGGUCGUACAUCUCUUAAGCGCCUCUUGCCUCCGUACGGCAGCAAAUGCAGCGGCGGCGUGGAGCUGGAUUCAGACGCUGGCGGCAGCGGUGGUUGCGCCGGCGCCGGCGGCCAAAGUACGACAGACUCCACUCGCGGUCUUUG